AUGUCUAUCCCUGAAAAUUGCACAGUUCUCGUUAUCGGAGGCGGACCCGCGGGCUCCUAUGCGGCGUCUGUGCUCGCUCGAGAGGGAAUCAACACGGUGUUACUGGAAGCAGAGGAGUUUCCUCGGUACUAUAUUGGAGAAAGCCUUCUGCCCUCGGUUGGGUACUUUCUGGAUCUCAUAGAUUGCUACGACAAGUUUAGUGCUGGUGGCUUUCUGCGUAAGAAUGGCGCAACAUUUGAAUUCAUUUCCAAGCAACCGGGCUACACGGAUUUCAUCGGCGCCGGCGGAGCAGGCAACCAUGCGUGGAACGUCCUCGGCUCUGAAGCAGACGAGAUUCUAUUCGAAUAUGCAGAGCAUAGCGGUGCAACUGUGUUCGAUGGGGCUAAAGUGCAGGCUCUUGAUUUCGCACCAACGACCAGCAACACCGACACCGAACAAGAAAGCCAAGACAAAGACUUGGGUAGAAGGCCCGUGUCCGCAACCUGGAACCGCAAAAAGGACGGCAGCACCAGUACAAUCCACUUCGAGUAUUUUAUUGAUGCUUCCGAGCACAUAGGCCUGAUGAGUAAUAAAUACAUGAAGUCUCGGAGUAUGGCGCUGUGGGGAUACUGGCGGGGUGCGGGCACAUACGGGCCAAGGGACGGGGAUCCGUACUUUGAGGCCGUGACGGACGGGAGCGGGUGGGCUUGGUUCAUCCCCUUGAAUGACGGCACGGUCUCAGUUGGAAUUACGCUGAAGCAGGACAGGGUUGCAGAGAAGAAGCGAGCGUAUGGAUCUGAGUCGAACAAGGAGUUUAAUUUUACUUGUUUGCAGGAUACGCCGGGAGUUGCGCAACUGCUAAACGGUGCUGAUCUAGUGUCCUCGGAGAUCAGGACCGCAGCAGAUUGGUCAGACAGCGCAACUACGUAUGCACAUCCCUUCGCGCGUGUUGCCGGGGAUGCGGGCUGCUUUAUCGACCCGCUGUUCUCAUCGGGCGUGCACCUUGCCAUGACGGGUGGGUUAUCGGCGGCAGUGACGAUCUGCGCGAGCCCCAGGGGUGACUGCACAGAGGAAGAGGCGGGUGAAUGGCAUUCGGUCAAGGUCGGCGAAGCUUACAUGCGGUUUCUACUGGUAGUGCGCAGUGCAAUGGAGCAAAUCCACAGCAGGGAAAAAGCCGUGUUGAACGGGCUGGAAGAGACUAACUUUGAUGUGGCGUCUGAUCAUUUAUGUCCUUUUAUCCAAGGGACGGUUGAUGCCGGUGUAACAUUAACCAGGGAAGAGGUGGAUAGGUCAGUGGAGUUUUGCACGCGGGUGAUUCGCAAGGUUAAGAGCGGGUGUCUGACGAGCCUCGACAGCGGUCCGUCUGGAAGGUUUACUGCUCGGGGUGCUGCUGCUACGUACUCGAAAAAUAGCUAG